AGUCCAGAGACCAAGCUGAGUACCUUUGGACACUGAUGCAACAUCAACCAUGGCACAUACCAAGCCUCUCCACAGCUGCUGUGUUUUCCUUGCACUGUUAAUGAUGAGCAAAUCUGCACUGAUCGGAAAAAGCCACAGCAGAGGCAAGAAUGACCCGGUGCUUCAGUACGUGCUGAACAACUCAGUGAGAGAACACCCAGUGAUGGAGAAACUGCGACUGAAAACCAUGGAGGAUCCCUGGAGCAUCAUGAUGGUUCCCCAGGAACAAGUACAGCUGAUGGCAAACCUUGUGAAACUCAUCAAAGCUAAAAAAACGAUUGAAAUAGGUAUGUAUACUGGAUACAAUACCCUGAGUAUGGCGUUAGCAAUGCCAGAGGAUGGUAAGGUGGUGGCCUGUGAAAUUGAAGAGAAAUACGUCAACAUAAGCAAACCCUUCUUCAAAGAGGCUGGGGUUGAGGACAGAAUAGAUAUUCGUCUACAACUUGCUCUAACAACCCUUGAUGAACUCCUCGCUGCUGGUGAAGCGGAGACCUUUGACUUUGUUUUCAUCGACGCAGACAAAAAGAAUUAUGACGAAUACUAUGAGAGGUCCCUUCAGCUUGUGAGGAAAGGAGGCAUUAUAGCCAUUGACAAUGUUCUCUGGAGUGGGAGUGUUGUUGCCCCAAGAGAGGAUGAUAUCACCUCCAAGACUCUUGACAAACUAAACAAGAAGUUGCAUAACGAUGAGAGGAUUGACCUCAGCAUGCUUACAAUUGGAGAUGGGCUGACCCUUGCCUUUAAACGCUAAUUCAGAUUUGUGCGCCCAUAUAUGUUUAUCACUAUAUAUGUUAUGCUAAAUCUACGCAGGUGUAUUAUCCAUGUCAUUUACUGCUUUUGGUGAUUACUUAAAAAUCAAUGUUAUCCUUCAUAUUGUAAAAGACAAACUGUAUGCCUGUACAUUAGAUGCAUUUACAGCACUGAGAGAUGCAGCACAUAAACUUCACUUGGUCAAAUA